AUGUCACCUCUGGAAUGUUCUGAGUGUUUUGGUGACCAGCUUAUGCAUAGGACCUAUACCUGGCACCUCACGUUGCACUCGAGGCCAACGUUUACAAGAAAGAGAGAUACCAGAUCUGAAAGCCUAGAAAUCCCAACCAAUGUGGUUCUACCUCAGAGGGGCACCGCUGAACCCUUCCUGAGGCUCCACAAUCUGUACACCACUCCUCGCUGCUCCAGGCAGGCCGCCUUGCACCGGAUGAACCGCAGGGUAGCCAGCCAGCACUCCUACCCACUCAACCGCUUCUCUUCCGUACCCUUCGACCCCAUGGAGCGCCCCACCUCCCAGGCUGACCUGGAAUUGGACUACAACCCUCCCCGGGUGCAGCUCAGCGACGAGAUGUUCGUCUUCCAGGACGGGCGCUGGGUGAGCGAGAACUGCCCCAUGCAGUCCCCUUACUUCUCCCCCUCCUCCUCCUUCCAUCAUAAGCUGCACCACAAGAGGCUGGCCAAGGAGUACCUGCUGCAGGAAGAGAACAAGUCUCUGAGGGACGAGAACAGGGCCCUGAGGGACGAGAACAGGGUCCUCCGCAAGGAGAACAAGAUCCUGCAGGUCUUUUGGGAAGAGCGCAAGAGCACCCUGGGCCACGAGGAGAGCCAGAUGACCUCCCCGUUGCUGCACAAGGACACAGCCUCCCAGGAAGCGGUGAAGAAAGAGCCCGCUACCUUGCCUGGUCAGCGUAGCAAGGAGAACACCCUGCAGCUCAUUCGAGAAGAGAGCCGGGCUCUCCAGCAGUUGCUGGAGCAGAGGCAGGCCUACUGGGCCCAGGCAGAGGACAACGCGACCUCUGCUGACGAGGGCAAGGUCACCUCCUCCCCCAAGGAGGAGUCCCAUAACGCCGGGCUUCUGCCAGAUCAGAGCCAGGGCCUCUCCUCCGCCUUUGAGGAACCCAAGGGGCCCUCAUCAACACAGGAGGAUUCGAAGAAACUGCGAGCCCUGAGGGAGAUGGUUAACAACUUGUCUGGGCCCUCCUCUUCCGGGGAAGAGGAUAGCAAGGUGGGCCCCGCCCUGGCAGAUGGCGGCGUUGGUAGCGCUCAGCCCCUGCAGCUGCUGAGAGAGAUGAACCAGGCGCUGCAGUCCCUCCGGGAGGAGAACCGGCUGCUGCAGGAGGAGAACCGGGCCCUGCACGUCCUGCGCGAGGAGCAUCGCGCCUGCCAGGAGGAGAACAAGGCCCUGUGGGAGAACAACAAGCUGAAGCUGCAGCAGCGGAUGGUCAUCGACACGGUGACGGAGGUCACGGCACGGAUGGAUAUGCUUAUUGAGGAGCUGGUGGCCUUCAUGCCGGCCAAGAACAACAAGGAGCCCAAGAAGCCCAGCAGGGUCUGA